CAAUUGAUACAAGACAAUAAAGAAUUGAACUAAUACAAUGUCAAUUGAUUUUCAAGAAUUAAUUUCUAAGCAAAGUUACCCACUUUGGGAACAUACUCCUGAAGAAGUAGAAAAGAUUGGAGCAGAAUUAAUAGAAAAGGAGAAACAAUUUAAUGAUAAAAUUGCUAGUAUUUCUACCCCAACUUUAGAGAAUGUACUUGAACCAUUUGCUCAACAUGCUAAUGAAACUUCAUUUCUUACCAGUCAAAUUACUUUUUACCUUCAUGUUUCAGCUGAUAAAGAAUUAAGAGAAGCUUCUACUAAAGCUGAAAAGGAGAUGGAAGAAGCAGCAAUUGAACAAAAUUUAAGACCAGAUGUCUUUAAAGUUUUUAAUGAAUUAUAUGAAUCUGUUAAGGAUAAAGAUAUUGAACCAGAACAAAAGAGAUAUCUUGAAAAAAUUGUCUCUUAUUAUAAGAGAAAUGGGUUAGCAUUACCUGAAGAUGAAAGAAAUUUAGUUAAGAAAUUAAAGGUUGAAUUAAGCAAUUUAUCACUUUCUUUUGGAAGAAAUUUAAAUGAAGAAAAUGAUUAUCUCAUUUUUACAGCUGAAGAACUUGAUGGAAUUCCACCAGAUACAUUUAAACAAUUAGAAAAAAUCACUGAAGAUGGAGUUGAAAAAUUCAAGAUGAGAUAUAAAUAUCCAGAAUAUGUCCCUGUCUUACAAUAUGCUAAGAAUCAAAAUACAAGAAAGUUAACUUAUGUAGGAGCUCAAAAUAAAUGUCCUCAAAAUGCCGAAAUUUUAGAAAAAAUUAUUAAGAUCAGAUAUGAUCUUGCUAAGGCAUUAGGUUAUGAAACCUAUGCUGAUUAUGUUUUAGAAGAUAGAAUGGCUAAGACUCAAAAGACUGUCGUCGACUUUUUAGAUGAUUUAAAGGCUAAAUUAAAACCUUUAGGAAAUAAGGAAAUAGCUAAAAUGAGAGAAUUCAAAAAUGAAGAUUUAAAAAUUAAUGGUUUAGAAGCUCAAGAUGAAUAUUAUGCUUGGGAUUAUAGUUUUUACAAUGAAUUAUUAUUGGAAAAAGAGUAUAAAGUUGAUAAUAUUAAAAUUGCAGAAUAUUAUCCAAUGGAUCAAACUAUUGCUAAAAUGCUUGAAAUUUAUGAACAAUUACUUGAUAUUAAAUUUGUUAAAAUUGAUAAUCCUCCUAAGGGUUCAACUUGGCAUCCAGAUGUAAAGAUGUUUGGAGUUUAUCAAAAUAUAAAGUAUGGUGAACCUAAACCUGAAUUUAUGGGUUGGAUUUAUUUUGAUAUGCAUCCAAGAGAAGGUAAAUAUACUCAUGCAGCUAAUUUUGGAUUAGGUCCAGGUUAUUUAGAAGCUGAUGGUAAAACAAGACAUACACCAGUUACUGCAUUAGUAUGUAAUUUUACUAAACCAUCACCAGAAAAGCCUUCAUUAUUAAAACAUUCUGAAGUUACUACUUUUUUCCAUGAAUUAGGUCAUGGAAUUCAUAAUAUAUUAUCUAAAACUAUUUAUGCUAGAUUCCAUGGUACUCAUGUUGAAAGAGAUUUUGUUGAAACUCCUUCACAAAUGUUAGAAUAUUGGACUUGGGAUAAAGAACAACUUAAAUUUUUAUCAUCUCAUUAUGAAACUGGUGAAGUUAUUAGUGAUGAUUUAGUUGAUCAAUUGGUUAAAAGUAAAAAUGUUAAUAAUGGAUUAUUUAAUUUACGUCAAUUACAUUUUGGACUUUUUGAUAUGAAAUUACAUACUAUAUCAACUAAAGAAGAAUUAGAUAAAUUAGAUUUAACUAAAUAUUGGAAUGAAAUGAGAGAAGAAAUUGCUAUGGUUUCAAGUGGAGGAAUUCCAACUAAAGGUUAUGCAUCAUUUGGACAUAUUGCUGGAGGUUAUGAAAGUGGUUAUUAUGGAUAUUUAUAUUCAUCAGUAUUUUCAGCUGAUAUUUUCUAUACUUUAUUUAAGAAAGAUUUAAUGAAUACUGAGAGUGGUAUUAGAUACAGAGAUAUCAUUUUAAAGAGAGGAGGUUCAAGAGAGAUUAUGGAUAAUCUUAUUGAAUUAUUAGGUAGAAAACCUAAUUCUGAAGCUUUCUUAGAAGAGAUCUUUGGUAGUGCUUAGUACUUAGUGCUUAGUGCUUGGUGAUUAAUUUA